AUGCGAGUGUGGACCCAUGGUGUAGGAAAUUGGCCAGUAGGUCGAGGAGCAGCACCUGUAGAGAAUCAGGCAAUGGGUCGAGAAGCAUGUCGAGAAGCGAUACCCGUAGUAGUUCUUAUCAGAUUUAAUCUCUGGUAUGUGACUAAUGGGUCACUACGAGAUUACUCUAUGUUCGAGAUCCUAGUAGGUUUGCAGGGGCUUGUUCCUCACCUACAAAAGGGUCGACCUGAUAUGAUACCUACCUCCGGGAACGGCCUAUCACCCCAAAGGGUGCACAAAGACAAUCACAGAGAACUUCUACACUGCAGUGAACAUGAAUAUGUAGAUUGGUAG